ACCACACUUGAGCACCACGGUGUCGCAGUGGCGUCGCCACACUUAUUUCCUAUAUAGCUGCCGAUGUUUUCGUCGUCGCAGUCGCUGCAACGUCGCUGCUGCCGCAAACGUGUGCACAGUCAUAGCGCGUACAAAGGCGCAGAUAUUACCAAUUACACGAAUUUUUAUACUCUUUUAAAAAUUUCGUUUUAUUAUAAUAUUUAUUAUCGUAGAGCGCAGUAGUGUCUGCGGAGCGUUUAGUGUUUUGUGUUUGCGCUGCCUGUGUAUACCCGACGAACAGAAGCGUAGCCAAGCGUAUACAAAAAUAUCAGCUAACCAACGAUUCCAAGUCGAUUUCAAAGUGUACGAGCGAGUGCCGUGAAAGCGAAAUUUCGCGUCUUAUUGUCUUUUAACUGUUUGUGAUUAUUACUUCAAUACGAGCGACAAUCGUCAAACGCCAUACGCCAUUCGCCAUACACCAUAUAUCUGUUCUAUCGACACGGCCAAUAGGCAAGAUUGUCAUUCCAUUAAAUACGAAAACACUGAAACUUGUGCAUCGAAAUAUAAACAAAAACAACACACCUUUGAAGAAUAAAUACAAAAAAUAAUAAUAAAUUUGUUGCAAACAAAAGGAUUAUAAAUUGAUCAAAGGAAUGAUUGAAUGAUAAAUAUUUAAAGUUUAAAAUACUUUACUAAAUAGAAAAUUGCGUGAUCAAAAGGCAUACAUACACAUAAGCCUCCAUAAAAAGUCAACAAACUCAUCAAGAAUUUUUAAAAGAACUCAUAUCGAGUCACGAAAUUCAAUAGCAAACGAGAUCGCUGCAUUGAACGAUCAAUAAACAUAAACAAAUUUUGAGACCAGAGGCUCGAGGCUACAAAAGAAUGUGCAAUGUCAAAAUUUGUUUUCGAUAGUAUGCUACCGAAGUAUCCACAGUUUCAGCCAUUUAUCAGUUCACAUUUAACUUCAACGUCACAAAAUUCGUCAUCAGCAGCUGUUGCCGCCGCCCUAGCCGCCGCCGCAGCCUCUUCCACAUCGUCCGUCAACAGCCUUAGCAGUGGCCCCAGUAACAAUAACGGCAUUAGCACCAGCAAUCACAAUAACGGCAAUCACAUAUCUUCUGUUGCCGUCCAUUCCUCGUCACUGUCGCCCUCGUCAUCCGGCGUAAACAUCAACAGCAGCCAUUUGAAUCAAUCGUCCAACUCACCAGUCUCCUCGUCCUCCCCAUCAUCCACCACAUUUGGAGCGCUUACGCCACAGCAACAACACCAGCAAUUGCACCACCACCACUACCAGCAGCAACAGCAACAGCAGCAGCAUCACAGCCAAUACUCACUGUCAGCGGCAUUACAAUUGCAACAGCAACAACAACAGUUGCACAUCAACAAACUUGCCGCCGCCGCUGCAGCAGUCAGUUCUCAAAGCGGAAACGGUCUAGGCCAUAGCCACAGCGUCCAGCAUCAACAGCAAUUGUCACAACAACAACAACUCUUGCUCACACCACCUUCCGGAACUAAUUCGCAGAAAGGCGACAGCAGUUGCUCACCCACGCCGUCGGCCACAUCUUCCUCGCUGCAUCGCAGCAUCAACGACCACUCACCCAACUCCGCAUCAGCCGCCGCCGCUGCCGCGUCCGCAGCAGCCGCCAGCACAGUUGCCGCAGCAGCAGCCGCAGCCGCCGCUGCCUCUUCAUUUGCCAUACCCACCAGCAAAAUGUAUCCAUACGUGUCAAAUCAUCCCACAUCGCAUGGCAUCUCAGGCAUGCCCGGAUUUUCCGGACUGGAGGACAAAUCAUGCAGGUACACAGACAGUAUCAUGAACAGUUAUCAGUCAAUGAGCGCGCCUGCCUCUGCGUCCAGUUUUGCGCAAUUCUACCAGCAUGCCGCUGCUGCAACGGCCGCCUCUGCAGGUGCCGUUGGAGUGGACUCACUCGGAAAUGCAUGUACGCAGCCAUCAUCGGGCGUUUUGUCCACCGGAGGAGCCGGUCAAAGUAUUGCUGAUUUGCCAAGAUACCCAUGGAUGACAUUAACAGAUUGGAUGGGAAGCCCCUUUGAGCGAGUCGUCUGCGCAGAUUUUAAUGAUAUUAAACCCUUCUGA